ACUGUGCUGUGCGGUGCGGUGCGGUGCUGUGCAGUGUGGUGCGGUGCUGUGUGGUGCGGUGCUGUGUGGUGCGGUGCUGUGUGGUGCUGUGCAGUGUGGUACCGUGUGGUACUGUGCGGUGCUGUGCUGUGCUGUGCUGUGUUGUGUGGUGCUAUUCAGCUCAUUUCACGGCAAUCAUAUCAUCAUCAUCAUCAUCAUCAUCAUCAUUGGACUGCACUGCACAACCAAGAACCAGGCAGAGGGCAGAUUUGUUUGGCUGCUGGCCUGACACGUCCCGAGCCAUGGCGUCGUCUAGUGUGUUCUGUCUGGCUGCGCUUCUCAUCAUGGGCGCCAUGAUGACGAGCGCAACCUUUGUGAGCGGCGGGCCGCGUACUAACAACGUCGAGUACCAGUAUCCGCUGUAUCGAAGCUGGACCUCAGUCUACCCUGAUGAUCUUCUUGAGGCUCUCAAACGGGAUGGGCUUUUGUUGGACCAGAUGCCGAGUGAUAACUUUAAGUUUGGCAAGCGAGGAACAUGGUGGUACCCCUUGACUAGCAAGAGCACACAUGCACCACGUUUUGCCGCCGAAGCCGCCGUGCACAUUCUCAAGUGGUAUCAGGUUCGCGAGAAAACGGAUAAUAUUGGCUUUCACUACGAUAAGGACGAAGCCACGGCCUCGGAAGAGAUGCGGCUUGUGCUGCCUGCCAUCUCAACCGUGUCUUACCUGACCAACAUUGGAGCUCCCACUCUCAUCUUUAACCAGACAUCCAUCGACGGCAAUGACGAUGAACCGCGCGUUCCAGUACGCGGCGCGCUCGUCUAUCCAGAGCGCAACAAGCACAUUUUCUUCCAGGGCAACCUGAUGCAUGGUGUCGCCGGCACGCUUGGUGCUGAGCAUGCAGCCAAUGUUGCUGCACAACUUCAAGACCAGAGUACCACCCGUGUCACAUUCUUGGUCAACUGGUGGGCCUACCGCCCAGCCCCGCCCAACUGCAUCGAACCGCCUGCCUCUGUGGUCAACAAGCUGGUGGAAAGUAGUGGAGGCCUCAAAACAAGCCAACCGCGCUCUGACACUCAAGAAUCGGAUUUUACAGCCCUCGAAUGGGUGGCAGGGGAUCAUCAAAACGUGCAGAUCGAGCUUCCCGGUGCUGAAUUCAUGCUUGUUCGGUUGCCAAAGUCGAUCCCAUCCCCUGGCUCGUUUGAAAUUAACUGGACAAUGCCCGGGCGCCAAAUAUUGGGUGGCAUCACGCUCGAUCUGAGCAAUGAAGCCUCCAAGAGCCAGCUCUUUCGGGCUCAGCAGCCCAAGGUGCUGAUUUUCUAUGAUCCCACGGCACCCCGUCAGCAGCCUGUGCCCGAGCUUCUCUUGGAGGGCAUCCGACCUUUCGACGACAGCAUCUUGCCGGUUGUAGCGGACUACCGAAAAACGGGUGAUGCCAUGAAGUUCUUUGGGGUCCAGCGCAAAGAUUUGCCCGUGCUGGUCAUUCACGACACGGCACAGCAGCUCAAAUUUGUAGCCCGAAGUUUGCAGUAUGCCUGCUUAAAGCAACAGCAGUGUGGUCGCAUCCCAGCAGCCACCAUCGAUAAGAUGAACACACCCAUGUCGACAAAGCCGAGCCGCCGUGAACAGCUGUUGCUCGCCUCUGGUGCCACCGUCGCGAUGGAAGAAGUCGAUCGGAUCAUCCUGCUCAACUUGAAGCAUCUGGGCACGGAGAUACCCGAGACCGUUCAAACCGUGUCGGACCUGGGCACGGAUGUCUUUGUGGAGGGAUGUGCCCGUUGCCUCAACGUCAUUAACCAGAGUGAUGAGAUGCCUUUGAAAUUGCCAUCCACCAUGGCUGCCCGCUUUCAGGUGGGCACCACGCUUGCCAAAGCUUGUCAGGCAUUGGGCUAUACCAGCUCCAUUGGCUACAACACUUUCCUCUACGGCAACGAGAAUGACUGCCGCAACAUCCUCAUGUGGCUGAUUGAGCGACUUCCACAAGAUGUCAGCGACGCUACCCAAGCCAGCGCAGGCACAACUGGACUAGCUCGAUUCCGGGCGGCCGUGGCAGCCGACGUCCGCCGACGCAUCGAAUUGCCCUUUCUACCCCACGCCAUCUACCGUGAUGGCGCCAUCGCCCUCGAUGCUAAAACGACGCUGCAGAUGAACCCUCGAGCACAACGACCUUUUCGCACCAAUACUCUCGAGAUUGCUGAUAGCAAUGGCAGCCAAGAGCGCGUUGCGUACGAAACCGAACAUAUGCCACUCGUUACGGCUCAACCCAUGCGAUCGGCCAAUCGCCUCACGUCUCUGCUGGCCAAGCAUGCCGCACUGCAGGCCCGUCGUGCCGUUUGGCAGGAGGAGUGGUCUACCCUUGGCAUGACUUCGGGCAAAACAGAACAGCAAUACCGCCACGACAAGCAGGACAGCAUCCUGAAAAAUAUGCGCCAACAGCUACAAAAGGGCAUCGCAGCCGACAUGACGGCCCAUCGUCAGCGCCAAGACAUUCGAACUUUUCUGGAUGGUUUUGCUAACGUGCAGUUGGGCAAAAAGAGCCUGUUCCGCAAGCGCGAGGAGCUGCAGUUUCAAUCCGAGGCCUCGGAUGCUCCCAAGGCUGCCACUCAAGAGGAGUUGGAGCAGCAGCGCCAGGCUGAGUUGGAGGAGCUGGAGACUCGGCUGUCUGAUUUGAUGGCAACCAUGCAGUCAUUGCAGGGCGAAUUGAGCACCUUUGACAAGGAUGCGGUCAAGAUGGACAGCAAGCUCGCCGAGCUCAAGGCUCUGGCUGAGGAGCUGGCGGCCAACAAUGCCGUCCGCAAGCGCGUUUUGGAUUUGCUGCCCAAUGCGGACGAAAAUAUUGAGCGUCUCGGCCAAGCCAUUGACGCUCUGGCGCGAAAGCUGAUCGCCAUUGGCGAAAAGUGGGAGCCACAUCGCCGAGAGCUAUUGCGCGAGUAUCAACAGCUCAAGUCGGCAGCCGCUGAUCAGAUGAGUGAGAUCAAAGUUCAGAUGGCCUAUGUGCAGGAGAUGCGCGAAACAACGCAAGGCAUUCUUGCUGGGGCCAAAGCCAAGGAACAGCGCGUGGCAGAACUGCAAGCAGAGUACGAGAAGCGCAAUAACGCCACACAACGCUCUUGGUACGUCGAGCGAAUUCUCGAGAUUAUCAAGUCCAUCAACAAACAAUCGGCGGACAUUGAAACGAGCAUCUUGGAUAUUCGAGCCAUGCAACGUGAGAUCAAUCAGAUCUCAGACCGUCUGAGCCGACAAUUUACCGUUGUCGAUGAGAUGGUCUUCAAGGACGCCAAGAAAGACGCUGACAUCAAGCGCGCUUAUCAGUUGCUUGCCAGCCUACACACGGGUUGCGAGGACCUGAUUCAAUGCGUGGAAAACAUUGGCUCACUGGAGAAAGAAUGCCGCGAGCUGGACAAUGCCGUCCAUGUGGAGCAGGCCAAAAACUUGGAGGCCAACUUACUGCGCAUCGAGCAGGAUAGCAACGUGCUCAAGAAUGAGACCGCUGAUCUGGCCAAGCAACUCAAGGCUUAG